AUGACGACGACGUUGCUCAAAUCUACGCUGUCGGCAUUUCGUCGACUGGCGAUGCCCAGCUGCUCCGCUGCUCUGCCAGCCGUCGCCCUUAGAAGCGUGUCGACGACCUCCGUUUUGGCCAGAAGUAUCCGCGACGAGCAGCGAGCUGGCACGAAGCUCUCCCCCGAACAGAAGGAAGUUUUUGAGGGCACUACCGGCUCUAACGCUGCCGUCCCCGUCAGCAUACGCGAUUUCUCGCAACGACUGCCGACUCCAGAGACGCUAAAGCAGGAAUUCAACGGGAUCCCCUACGCCGAUCUGCCCACCGUCUAUGUCAAGGCCACCAAAAAUAACACACUGGUGCAAGCGAUCGAUGCCAAAUCCAGAGAUGUGCUGAUGUAUACGUCUUGCCGACUUGAAGGCUUCAAAAAUGCCCGCAAGAAGACGUCGAUUGCGGGCCAGACGACGGGAGUGGCGGCCGGUCAACGACUUGUGAGACGCGGUAUCCGGAACGUCCGCGUGCAAGUGAAGGGGAUCGGACCUGGGCGGAUGACAGCCGUAAAAGGAUUGACAGUGGCGGGAGUCAACGUCGUUUCCAUCACCGACUACACGCCGAUCAAGGAACUGGGCCCGCGCCCGCGGAAAAUCCGAAGAAUC